UGGGUCCUGGCUAUUGUCGGCGUUCAGUACGGCAGUAGCAUAGCAUGGCACGAACCCUCAGUCUUAGAAACUCUUUAUGCGUACGGCGGCCAAUCUAUAUUGUCAACUCAUUUCAUAAUAACAAAUUUUCCGUUUAAUUCUACUUUAAAUCGUUACAUAGACUUAAAAUCGUUCGUAAUCUGCUGUUUGUUAGUUACAACUUUUUUUCCAUUUAAUUCGCUGUUUAAAUUUUUCCAUCGAUCUAAAAAUACAGGCUGGUCUAUCAGGUAGGCGCACAUUUAGGCUUGUUACCCACUCCUCCCCCACGAUUGUUUGCGUGGGAGAAUGCUAUAUUUAGGCCGAAAGAAACACAAUGUUAUCAGGAAAAAGAAAAAUAUUACAGAUUUCCUGGACCCCAUUUUUUCAGUCAUUUACUAUCAGCUAACUCGGACCCCCGCUAACUCAAUAGGGCUUUUCUUUCGAAAUUUCUGUCAUUCGACUCAAGGUCGGGCACGGUCAGUAAAUUGUGCGCGGUGACAAUUCCUGAGGGGAAAUAUGUUAAGAGUGAAGCAAACUACCGCGAGGUACUCAUAAUCAGUAAAUACAACCUAAAUUUUAUGAAAAAAAGAUAUAAUUCCAUUGGAAACUAAUAGGAUGUUUUUUAAUGUUUCAGAAUUUAUUAUAAUAGUUGGGCUGGCGAUCAGACUGAAAACGUGACGAUGGAAGAAGGAUUUCAAUUGUUCCUGUUUUCCCUUUUGUCGUUGCUUUUGCACAUAAGCGUUCAGGCUAAUUCUUCAUGCCAACCGGAUCAGAUUACAAUCAAAGAUCCAAAAACUGGUUCGAUUCAGUGCCAGAACUGUUUAAAAUGUCCACCUACCGAGGGUCUCUCAGUUAAUUGCGGAGACGUAAUACCUCCUUCAACACCUGUGCAGUGCAAGCCAUGUGUGCUGGGAGAGACAUAUUCUGCUUCCCUCAAGGCCGGAGCUUGUGAGGACUGUGGAAAUUGCGGUGAGUACCGCGAAACUACGAAAGCCUGUACGUUAACUUCCAAGGCCGUGUGUGGAAGGUGUAAGCCUGGCGCGUAUGCCGAAGGCAUGCUGGGGCUGUGUAAGCCCUGCUCCCCGUGCUGUAAUGAUGGUAAAGAUAUCAUUAUACCUGAGUGUCAAGUUCCAGGUGUACUAACAGGCAUGCAGUGCAGCUACUUACGAUCUAACAAGUGCAGUGCAUUGAUGACAUCAAGUAUUAGCACGGCGCCGUCAACCCUUCAGCCAGAUCAGUCCACGACCCAAUGGUGGCCAUCCUCUUCUACAACGAGCACCAAAGUAAUCUCUUCUUCAAGUGAGCCGACCGUAAACCUCAUUGGAGAGGCUUCAUCAAAUAAGCGCAUCAUAACUGGUUCUAUUGUGGGCGGCUUCUUAGUUGUCCUCACGAUUCUUUUCAUUGCGUGCUGCAAAGUUAUGCGUAAACGCCGGAAGGCCUUGUCGAUGAGGGUUGGUUUAGCUACAGUGGAAGACGGAGCUGGUCAGACGCAAAAUCAAGAACAAAGAAAUAACCAAGAAGAUGAGCGCGUCAAUCGGGAACAAACAGAUGAUAGAGUCUUUCUGCCAAACGAAGAUCUGUAUGAAAAGAGCCCACUUCCACAUCCUACUCAAGAGGAAGCUGGUUAUAGGAGUCCGGAAAAAAAAGGAGUGCAGGAGACCACGUCUCCUCUAUCAGGCCAGAACAGUUUAGUUUCAGAUUCUAAACUUGACGGGUCUGUGGUGAAGCAGUGUACAAAAUCGUCUAAAAAGCAAGUACACGGUGCCCCCAAUGUUGUCACCAAGACGACCACUGUUACGAUGAUCAAGGUCACUGAUGAGAAGGUCACUACGGUUUGACGACAGCCAUCAGACUCUAUAAAUUAUCUACUAACCUGAUAAUUUUUGCCUUGUAAUUAUUUUUUGUUACAGUGACAGAGAUAUCGAGACAUUUUCGCUACUUAAUUUGUUUCUAAUCGUCUUAAAACAUCUGCAAGCCCCGAUUCAUUCUCGUUCUAAGAUUCGCUGUUCUCUUGAUUAAGAUUGACCACACUUCCGUAAGAUCAUCAACUUUUAGCAUUUUCUCACGGUAACAAGAGACUGAUGAGUAAUUUUGGUGGUGCUGUAGAGGCAAGAGAAUGAAUGUAAGCAAAUCUUUAUAAGAGAGAACUUAAAAGAACGAUCAUUUUUGAUCGCUUAGAGGGUGUAUCGGAGGAUUUCAGUUGUGUCGCGAUAAAAUUUACCUGAUCUCCUCAUAAGGCUUUGUUUAACAAAUAGAGAAGCCUUGACUGUGCUCUGU